AGCCGCCUACUCCUACAACACCGAGGCUCAGAUUUACGCCCCCAGCAGCGCCGCCUCCUACUUCGAAGCGCAGGGAGGAGGAGCUCAGCUUGAAAUGGCGAUUGAAAACCUACAAAAAAGUGAAGGGAUUACAUCACACAAAAGCAGUUUGCUCAACAGCCAUCUCCAGUGGUUGUUGGAUAACUAUGAGACAGCAGAAGGUGUCAGCCUUCCCAGGAGCUCCCUCUACAACCAUUACCUGAGGCACUGCCAGGAGCACAAACUGGACCCGGUGAACGCCGCUUCCUUCGGGAAACUCAUCCGCUCUGUGUUCAUGGGGCUGAGGACCCGGCGCCUGGGAACCAGGGGGAACUCCAAAUAUCACUAUUACGGGAUCCGCCUGAAGCCGGAGUCUCCGCUGAACCGCCUGCAGGAGGACACCCAGUACAUGGCCAUGAGGCAGCAGCCCAUCCACCAGAAGCAAAGGUACAGAGCAGCCCAGAAGAUGGAUGGGAUGGCAGAGAGUGGGUCCAACAGCAACCCCCACACCACGCCGGAGCAGUCGGUGGCUGCUCAGAGUCAGCACCAUCAGCAGUUCAUAGAUGUGACCCAUGUCUUUCCUGAGUUCCCAGCCCCUGAUCUAGGGAAUGUCCUCUUACAAGAAGGUUUCACCUUGAACGACGUGAAAACUCUGCAGAUUCUUUACAGGCGACACUGCGAGGCGACUUUGGAUGUGGUGAUGAACCUCCAGUUUCACUACAUCGAGAAACUCUGGCAAUCCUUCUGGAGUCCGAAGGCACCACCUAGUGAUGGUCCCGCUGCUCUGCCUUCCAGUGAAGAAGAACCCGAAGGGACCCUCCCAAAAGACAAGCUGAUCACUCUGUGCAAAUAUGAGCCCAUCCUGAAGUGGAUGAGGAGCUGUGACCACAUCCUGUACCAGGCCCUGGUGGAGAUCCUGAUCCCUGACGUGCUCCGGCCGGUGCCCAGCACCCUGACCCAGGCAAUCCGGAACUUUGCCAAGAGUUUGGAAGGGUGGCUGAUGAACGCCAUGAGUGAAUUCCCCCCGCAGGUCGUGCAGACCAAGGUGGGGGUGGUGAGUGCCUUCGCCCAGACCCUGCGCAGAUACACGUCCCUCAACCACCUGGCCCAGGCGGCCCGGGCCGUGCUCCAGAACACCUCCCAGAUCAACCAGAUGCUCAGCGACCUCAACCGCGUCGACUUCGCCAAUGUGCAGGAACAAGCCUCGUGGGUGUGCCAGUGUGAGGAGGGCAUGGUGCAGAAGCUGGAGCAGGAUUUCAAGCUCACUCUGCAGCAGCAAAGCUCUCUGGACCAGUGGGCCAGUUGGCUGGAUAACGUUGUCACUCAGGUCCUGAAGCACCAUGAGGGCAGUCCCAGCUUCCCCAAGGCAGCCAGGCAGUUCCUGUUGAAAUGGUCCUUCUACAGCUCCAUGGUGAUCCGGGACCUGACCCUGCGCAGCGCCGCCAGCUUUGGGUCCUUCCACCUGAUCCGCCUGCUCUACGACGAGUACAUGUUCUACCUGGUGGAGCACCGUGUGGCCCAGGCCACCGGGGAGACCCCCAUCGCCGUCAUGGGAGAGUUUGGUGACCUCACGUCCCUGUCCCCAACGCUGCUGGACAAAGAUGACAUCAGUGAGCUGGGCGCUGAGGUGGACACGGAGCGGGCCGUGGGGGAGCCGCUGGUGAAGCGGGAGCGCAGCGACCCCGGCCACUCCCUGCAGGAGAUCUGAGCCAGCCACACGGCUCCUCUCCAGCUGGACAGAGACAUCCAGAGCCAGGUUGGAUGGUGCCAAGCCUGAGCCUCCCCAGAUCUGCGUUCUUAGUGCCUCUUAGUUUCUCUUUCUUGUUUACUUGUGUUCGAGGAUGGGCUCUGGGCUGAGCCGGGGCAGGCGCUGGGAUGGGGCUGGUUUGGCCACCCUCUUCCCUCCAGUGUGGCUGCUGUCUGGAGGGAGAAGCUCCAGAGUCUGCUCCCAAGGGAUGGAAGCCUCCAUGGUCAGCAGCAGGUUGGAUGUGCCUGGCUGGGAGAGCCUGUCCUCCCUCCCCAGCCGGAGCGAGGAGGACAAACGAGGCUUUCUCCUUCAGGGAAGGUGGUUUGGGUUCCUUCCCCACUUCUCAGACUUCACUGUGAUACGAACUUGAACCAAUCAGUGCCCAAGAAGAAGGAAAAAUACCUGACUCUUCUCCUGCAGCCUUUCCAGACAAGCUGUCCUGGCUCUGGCUUUGCCAAAUCACUUGCACCAGGGAGCACAGGACAGUUGGUCACUCUUGUACCCACUCCAGGCUGCACAUUCCUCGGAUCCUGGUGGACACAGGAGUGCUCUGGGACUACAGGACGAGCAUUCCCACCUGCUCCCACAUCUCCCCAGCUUGGCAUUUCACCACUGAUCCCUGAAUGCUCCCGGGACACCAUCAGGCCAACUCAAGAUACCAAAGGACUCCAAGGAAGGGCAGCCGGUUGCAGAGUGUGUUCAUUGCCUGGGGUCAAUCCCAGGGCAAUCCCAUGGCACCCCCAUCCUCCAGGGUGCCCAGGCAGAGGGGCACUGGCCCCACGUCCUGGGGGGUGUGAAAUUCCCACUCCCAUGUCCAGCUGGAGGAGGUGCAGCCGUGUCUGGAGCAGGGCGAGGGGGUGUGACCGCAGUGCCUUAGGGUGGGCCAUGUUCCUGCUUCCCCCCACUCCAGGAGAGCCAGCACAGCUCAGACUGAUCCAACAGCUCAUCCCGUGUCAUGAGGGGCUGUCAUGGACCCAGGGGGGCUCAGCACUCUGGUGGCAUUUCCCCUCUCUGAACCCCUUUGCCUUUUCCUGGUGGCUCCCGUGGGGCUGAGCCAGGGGAGCUCAGUGGGGUCUCUCCUCCCUUUCCGUGUCCUGUGGGGUCUGUGCUGAGGUGGAUUACACUGGGAUGAUGUGGGUUACACUGGGAUG